AUGAAUCGAAUAAAUUCAGCCGUAAAUAACAACUAUAGUCGUUACUUGGUACAUUGCAAACGUUAUUUAAAAGAAGUCUUAAGUUCAGGAGUACUGGGUGCUGAAGCAGCCUCACUUGAUAUAGUUGAACUUAUACCUGGAGAUAAGUAUUCUAAAAUUGAUGUCAACUGUAAACUACCAGUAUAUGAUGGCUCCAACAAACCUUCAAUAAAGCAAACACCCACCGCAUUGGCAUUUCAUAUUCAGCAGUAUAUGAAUAGUGGAAGUAGUGAAUUAAGAUCACUUUUGCAUAAGGGUUAUCCAAAGAUGAAGAUUCCUGUUUUUCAGUUUUUUAUAACUGAACAGACCUGUAUAGUAAAUGCUCCUUCAAUUGAUUCAGAACAUUUACAGUCAUCCAACGAUGUAGUAUGUACUGCUAUUCCAGCGUCUAUCAAACCUAAUAAUGUUUAUGGAUUGGAACGUGAUAAACUUGUUAAAUUAAUUAAUUCAAGAUUGAAAGCGAUAAGGAAGAAAUCUCAUACUUUAGAGCCAAGAAAUUUAAUAUCUGAUAAUUAUGAAGAGAUAAAUAUCACUCCUGAAUCCAUUAAACAAGAUCACAAUUCCAUCAGUGCAUGGGCAAAAUAUUGGAAGGAGAGUCAAGAUUGGCGAGCUAUAGCUAAACGCGAUAGAAGACUUCGUCAUCAAAGUACAGGAUUAGAAUUUUUAACACAUAAUCAAAACAAGAGUAGUGACGUAGAAAAUUGAC